AUAUACACAACAAUUCAAUCCAUUUGAUCAACAAAAUUAAACCAUUGAAUCACAAACCUUAUAAACUUUAUCAAACUAUUCUCUUCCAAUGGGACGUUGGAUGAAACCAGAGGUGAUUUGGUAACUUGAAGGUUUAUCCAUUGUUGGCUGCCAUGGGAUUUGUCACAACUAUGUGCAUCUUUCAGCUUACUAGAAACAUUCUCAUCAAUCCCGACGUUAGAGUGAAGAAAUCGCAUCGUAGAAUGGGAGUAUUGGAUAACGAAGAGGAAGGAGAGAAGUAUUCAGAGCAUAGCCUCCGGCGGUUCCUCCGAACACGGCCACCGGAAAUCAUGCCAACAAUUAAUCACUAUUUUUCCCAAGACCACAAAUAAAUGAUUUCAAUUAUCACACUUUCACUUAAUUACUCCCAAUUUCCUUUAUUACACUCUCGACUUUCUGUUUUGUUUGCCUUUGCUUUAUUUAUGUCCCUUUUUUUCCUUUACGUAAGUGUAAGGUGGCUUGCCCACACAUUGGGGAUAAUAACAAUUAUAGUAUAUAUGUUCUAUAUAUGAUCUCAUUUCUCUUUA